AUGGAUAAUCCGGUAGAAGCGUCGAAGCCCGCCCAACGCAAGUUGGUGCUUUGCUUUGACGGAACGGGGAAUAAAUUCCAUGGCGAUGACAGCGACAGCAAUAUUUUGAAAAUUUUCCGCAUGCUGGAUCGCAGCGCCGAGAAUCAAUAUCACUACUACCAGCCUGGAAUCGGAACCUAUGUGACGUCUCAGGCUUUGACGCAGUCGGGUAUUGUUUCCAAAAUCACGGAGCAUUACAAAAAGGCCAAAGACUCGGCCAUCGGAUCAACCUUUGAUCAGCAUGUCGUUUCCGGAUACCGAUUCCUCAUGCGCUACUAUCAGAAUGGCGAUCAAAUUUACAUGUUUGGAUUCAGCAGAGGCGCCUACAUUGCGCGGUUCUUGGCAGAGAUGCUCGACUACAUUGGCCUCUUAUCCCAUGGAAACGAAGAAAUGAUUCGAUUUGCAUGGCGGGCAUUCUCGCGCUGGCAAUGCCGCCGCAAGUCUCACGGCGGCAAGAGCGGAGACGAGGACGGCUCUGACGCCGCGACCGAGGUGGACGACGAAACUGACAAAAUGUACACCUUUAUGAAGAACUUUCGAGAGACUUUUUCCCGUCCUGUCGGACGAAUCCGGUUCCUUGGACUCUUUGAUACGGUCAAUUCCGUCUCCCGAUUCGAGAGCGCUUGGAUGCAAAGGGCGAAGUUUCCCUACACUGCGCGAACCAGCGCCGAGAUUAUUCGUCACGCCGUCAGCAUCGACGAGCGAAGAGCCAAGUUUCGCCAGGAUCUCCUGUACCAAAAGACGCACCAAGAUAGGCGACCGCAUCAUCGCCGUCUCUCCGAGUUUCUCGCCCCCGUGCGAAGGAGCUUCGAGCACUACGUCAGCGGUGACGAGCAUCACGCAGCCGACGAGGAGAAUAUUGGCACCCAAAACACUGCGAUUGAAGAGGAGGUGGAGGAUCAUCAUGGACCUGAACGAUCAGGCAGAGUCUUGCUUUCGCCGGCCGAUGCUGCGGCGCCGCAAAAGGCAGCAACGCGCAGCAGGUCGCGCAGUCGCCACGUUCCGUACCGGAUGGCUCCUCGGACGCGCUCAUUCAAGUCUUGGCACCGCAACGGACACGGACAAGCUUGCCACGGUGCAAGCUCGAAGAAGCCAGACUUUGAAGAAGAAGUUGGCCAAGACAUUGACGAAGUCUGGUUUGCUGGUGGCCACGCCGAUAUUGGCGGUGGAUGGCCCGUGUCUGGCGAUUGCAGGAGCGCCAGCCACGUCCCUUUGACGUGGAUUGUGCGAGAAGCAAUGAAUGCUGGUCUCGGUUUCGACAUGCAAAAACUCAUUGAAAUGGGCUGUUUUGAAUCCGAGGUGGUCGUCAACGUGCAAGGGCCUGAGAGUCCGAACCCAGACCAAGGCAGCCCAUCAAUUGGUGGUGAAACGACCUGGGUAGAGACUCAGAAUUCCUACAAGUCUCAGCACUCGUCCAUCUUUACAGAGUCCCUGCAUCAAUCGCACACCUCACGACUCCACGACUCCCUCAUGUACGGAGACGGACUGGGAUUCAUUGCCGUCACAGCUUGGAGGAUGAUGGAGUGGCUUCCGUUUCGCCGCAUGGACCUUCAGCCAGACGGCUCAUGGAAACCCAUUCGCUGGCCGCUUCCGAGAGGAGAAGUGAGGGACGUCCCCCCUGGCGUUCGAGUUCAUGGUAGCGUUCUGCGUCGUAUGCAUAAGGAUGAAAUGUACCGCCCUGGCAACCUCAUUAUUGGUGGGGGAGGGCGCGGCAAGCGAAGAGCGCCAAAGCAUCUCGGCAUGGGCGAAUGGCGGUGCGUAGCUGAGCCGGGUGAUCCGAUUGGGGAGAUUUGGAUGCGAAAGUAG